AUGAACCCUUAUGUAUUAGCGAUCCUCAUCGCCAGCCUAGGCAUGGGAACAACCAUUACGUUUGCAAGCUCCCACUGACUCCUAGCCUGAAUGGGACUAGAGAUUAAUACUCUAGCCAUCAUUCCACUUAUAUCAAAACAGCACCAUCCACGAGCAGUCGAAGCCACCACAAAAUAUUUCCUUACACAAGCAACAGCUGCGGCCAUGAUUCUAUUCGCUAGCACUACAAACGCAUGAGUAACAGGGACAUGAAACAUCGCCCAACUCUCCGACCCAACAGCAGUGGCACUAAUUAGCAUCGCCCUAGCACUCAAAAUAGGCUUGGCCCCCGCCCAUUUCUGACUACCAGAAGUCCUACAAGGACUUGAUCUUACCACAGGGCUAAUCCUAUCCACGUGACAAAAACUAGCCCCAUUCGCGCUGAUCAUCCAAAUUUCACCAAACAUGCACCCAGCCAUCCUAACUGCCCUGGGACUCUGCUCCACCCUCGUAGGCGGGUGAGGAGGCCUUAACCAAACCCAGCUACGAAAAAUCCUAGCUUACUCCUCAAUUGCCCACCUCGGAUGGAUAAUUAUCGUCCUACAAUUCGCCCCCCAACUCACACUUCUUACGCUAGCAACGUACAUUGUAAUAACAUCAGCAGCCUUCCUUACCCUCAAGGCCUCCUCAUCCACCAAAAUCAACACACUAGCCACAGCGUGAACCAAAGCCCCCAGCCUGGCUGCACUCGCUACCCUAUCUCUCCUCUCACUAGGAGGCCUACCACCCCUUACCGGAUUUAUGCCAAAAUGACUAAUCCUCCAGGAGCUUACGAAACAAAGCCUCCCUCUAACCGCCACAAUUAUAGCCCUCUCCGCCCUCCUGAGCCUAUACUUCUACCUCCGCCUCUGCUACGCCAUAGCCCUGACUAUUGCCCCCAACGUAAACAACUCCUCCGCCCCAUGACAGCUCUUAAGCACACAGUCAACCCUCCCUUUAGCACUAACCACCGUGGCAGCACUGGCCCUCCUGCCUGCCACUCCCGCUGUCCUAGCAAUACUGACGU